AUGGCACCCACCACCGCCGACCACAAAGCCCAGCUCCUUGAAGUCCUCCUCAAAGCCUCCGUUCUCUCCUUCGGAACAUAUACACUAAAAUCCGGCCGCAUAUCGCCUUACUUCUUCACCUCUACAUUACUACACACUUCCACUCUGCUCGGCGCCUUGUCCCGCGCAUAUGCGGCCGUGCUAGCCGAGCCACCAUUUUCACUGCCACUCGGCACAGAAGAAGCUGGAGCCGACGCAGAUGGAUCGUUGAGCCCACAUUUCGAUAUUUUGUUCGGGCCCGCAUACAAGGGCAUACCGCUGUCAGCGAUCGUGACGAGGGAACUAGAAUUCCAUGGGAAGGCUUUUGAGGGCGUGUCGUACUCGUUCAAUCGGAAAGAGGCAAAGGACCAUGGUGAGGGUGGCACCAUUGUUGGUGCCCCACUGAAAGGCAAGCGCGUGGUCGUGGUGGACGACGUCAUGACUGCCGGAACAGCGCUGAGGGAAGCGGUGCAGAUAAUUAAGGCGCAAGGUGGGCAGGUGGUGGGCGUAGUACUGCUGUUGACGAGACAGGAAAGAGUCAGUGAGGACGAGCCGCGAAGCGCGAUGAAGGUCGCAGAGGAUGAGUUGGGUGUGCCUGUAAGAGCUGUGUUGACGUUUGAGGACAUCGUCAAAGCGAUCGAGGAUGGCAAGAUUGAGGGUGCUGGACCCGAGCAGUUGGAGCAGAUGAAGGUUUAUCGAGAGAAGUACGGAAGUGUUGAUUGA